CAAGCCAUGUGAGUGAAAAGCACGAGGUCCACACGGCAGUGUAGUUACAACACAAUACACAUACAAGGAAUAUACAAGCUGUGUAAUACAGUGGACACUACAGUACACACUCCACAAUACAUGCUGUACAAUAAACGCUAUACAAUACACUACAAAGACACUGGUCAUUUUGCGAUAAAUGCUGUGCAGGUGUAUGCUUUGCAUAAAUUGUACAUAAAGGUCUAAUAAUUAAAGUAAUAAAUCAUCUAAACUACAUAGUCAACAUGGGAAUGUGCAUGGUUGCAUGAUGGGAUCAGUAACAUUUGUGUUGACAUCUGUGGAGUUCAGCAGCCUGGUGGAACAUACUGUCUUUGAUCCAACUGAUCCGAGCUUUUGGUACUGCGGCUACCCAAAGGGAGAAGAGGGAGUGGCUCAGGUGACUGGAGUCUUGGAUCUUUUUCCUCAGCCUGCUCAGGUAGUGUGCUGCAUAAAUAAUCUGGAUGGAGGGAAGCUCAAUCCCUGUGAUCUUCUGGGCACUGAACACUAUACUCUGCAAUGUUUUGCAGUUGAGGGCAGUGCAGCUCCCAUACCAGGCUGUGACGCAUUAUACAUUCCUGCACUCCUGAACUACACAUCCUACAAAAGUUUACAUUCUGGCAGAAUUUUCUGGUUGGUAUUGCAGUCUCCCACCUGACGCAUCCAGACUACACCUUCUGCCUUUUAAAAGCCCGAUAGUACUCUACUACAAAACGCGCCAGAAGGGUCGCCUCAUUAUACUGUCUCUCCUCUGCCUACUAAUAAUAAACUUCUGAGAAACCUUAUAUAGAAAAAGCAUGUUGCACAAUGCGUAUUAAGCUGUUUAAAUAUAUUAUCAAUUGUGUAAUCCAAUUAUGCAAGUAAGCUAGUUCAGUCAAGUAAACUGUAUUUUGUACAUGUAACUGUAGUAAAAGUGUGUCGUCAUCAAAGCUCUUCAAAGAAUACGCAUCUGUUUCUCUUUGCUUAGAGAUCGUUAGAUAGCUGUGAGCAGCGAAAUACCGCAAAAUCACGCAUAUAGUCGUAUUCGUAUUUAAAGCGCGGAUGACUUGGCCCGUGAAUAGCUAAAGCGCGCACUUCCUGAAGUGUUUAAAUACCGCAAAUGAGUUCUUCCAAUGUCCUCCCAUCUCAAUAAGAUCGGUUUCUUUUCAUCCUUGUUUGCGAGAGAGAGAGAGAGAGAGCGAGCGCAGCUUUAUACGCCUGUGAACGGGGAUUGUCUGUCACUGUUGGAGAAUACACUAAAUAUAAUGGAGGAAGUCGCUCAUUUUACUGAAGGGGAAUUCUAUCAGGUCCAUUUUGAUUCCAGGGCAUAUAUCGACAGCUUUUAUUCUUGUCCACGAGGCCACGAAGAAGAAGAGAAUUUUCUUUCUUUCGUCUUAGCAUGUCUAAGCCGGACAUUUUCAACAGGUAAAUACAAAGGCCAAAGACUCAUUGAAGUCGGCAGCGGACCAACAAUUCACAGUAUAAUAAGUGCUUGCGAGUACUUCCAGGAGAUUGUACUAUCAGAUUUUGCUGACAACAAUCGCAAAGAAAUUGUGAAAUGGUUGAAAAACGAAGAAGGGUGUUUCGAUUGGAAUCCCAUCAUCCAACACGUAUGUGCAAUCGAGGGGAAAAGAAACCAUUCCACUAGGCCAUUCGAUGUGGAAGUGAACUUAAGACAGCGGGUGAAGCAAGUGCUGAAAUGUGAUGUCCGCUUGGAAAAUCCUUUCCAUCCUCACAACAUCGAUCCAGCCGAGUGCGUGAUAACGUCUCUUUGUCUUGAAGCAGCAUGCAAAGACUUGGAGACCUACAGAAAGGCACUUCGUGGAGUAGCGACACUGGUGCGCCCCGGUGGAAUUCUUGUGAUGGUUGGCGUUUUAGGUCAGACUUUCUACUACGUCAAUGAAAAACGCUUCUCCUGCCUAAUCCUAAGUAAGACAAACAUUGAAAGUAUAUUGGAAAACUUAGGUUUUACCAUCCAUGAAUUCAACAUACUUCCAGCGCAAGAUCGGAAGAAGAUCGUAUCUGAUUUUCAAGCUGUUUUUCAUCUUGUUGCCCUGAAAUCCGCUACGUACACAUGUGAUGGGUAACGUUUCAAGGAAACUUUCAAAAAAUGUGUACUUUUUUUCCCCCUCGAUUUCCAAGUUACUUUUUCAAAUUAUUAAUUUGAUCUUAUUUUGUGUUAAAGGGAGAAGGUGUUUCACUUUGAACAAAAAAAUCCAGAUGAAGCACAUUUAUAAUUAAGAUGAUUAGUGUUUCCAAACCAGGUUUCAUCGCAAAUCAUCUGAUGACUGGAAACAUAAGGUUUGAGUUUGGUCUGUUAGAGGCAGGGUGCAAUAGACCUGUUUGGCCUUAAUAUUAAUUUACUUGUUUAAUAAUUUCCUACUCUGUAUUUACUGACGUCCUAUGAAAUACUGUGCUUUAGAACAAAGAUCACUUUUUGAGGCAUAUCUCUUUAAAACUGGUCUACUUGCAACUAUAGCUCAAACCAUCAUUACCGUGAAAAACAUUUUGUGACAGUAAAGUAAUGGGCCUUUUCAGUGAGUAUCUAUGACUGAGCACCUACAGUUUACAACAGCACAAUAACAAUGCAGUUCUAACCUUGCACCCCUGCUGUGGAAUAUCCCUUUUUUCACCACCUUCUUGCAUCACCAGUAGUCUGAAUCGAAGCCCUUUGAAAACCAGAGGUCUGAAAAUGAGUCCUCAGUGAGUUGUACAACAAUUUCACCACAUUGUGUACUCAUCAGUCUCAGUGGUCUGGACAGUAGGACAUCAUGCCCGCCACCCAAAAAUGGCAACAGUGUGGUUAGUUUUUGGAGAGCUGUUCUCUUGCUUAAAAGACAAAAGAUGCCUGAUAUUCUGUACAUGCAAUAAAGUCUAAAAUAUGAGAAACUGUGUGUUCUAUUUUCUGACCAAGGACAGUUCAAAUUAAACCAUUUAUGCUGUGUAAUA